AUGCCGGGAACGAGCACGGCGACAACGGACAGUGCUUCAACCUCGGCCACCACCGAUGCCACGUCCGUGGGGGGCAGUCAAGCCCAAAGCUUGUCCAAAGAAGGAAGCGGCAGCAAUGCUGCUGCAGCCUCUACAGCACCAGCCGAAGCUGCUGGCGAUGUGAGCGCGGAAGAGUUGGAAAAGGCGCCCGAGGCUGUGCAAAUGACGGACGAGGAGGAGCUGACGGCUGCUGGCGAGAAGGACAACAGUGAAGGCUCAAAGAUCAAGACGCUGCUCGGAAUUCUCAAGCGCAUGAUCGGCGUCAAGGAUAUUGCCGCCAUGUGAGUGCGAGAGUCGCGUUUGCAGAGUUGAUCUGUCAAGAGGCUCCUAGCUUGUCUUGUGGACCAAAGCACACUGCUGGGCCCCGUCCAGCUUUCACCAAGCAACUUCCUGACGCUCUUUACCCCCACAUCUCGACAGUCGACUCUCUCUCCCUGCCAAUCUGCUUGAGCCAGUGCCCAAUCUGGAAUACUGGAACUACCUCGGUGAGCUCGCAAGCUUGCCGGUGAACACUAAGCCCAGCGCUGACAAUCGCUUGCUGUUCCUGGCCUGCACUUGUAGACCGAGGCGACCUUUUCACUACGUGAGAAUGCGCACCUACUGGCCCCUGGCCGGCUCUCGCUGAGCUGACCAUACUGCAAUCCCAUCUGCCCUCCUUGUAGCAUCCCAGACUUUGACGAUCCGCUAGACCGAAUGCUGGCAACGCUGCGAUUCAUGUUCACGAAGGAACUCAAAUUCGUAGUGCGUGAAGUAGCCACGAGCCCUGCGGGCAGCGCGAGCCCCGAGCGCAGGGGGCAUAUGGCGGCCAUAUCUUGGUGACAAAGCUGACCGGCCUUUCUGCACUUUUGCAGCGGGGCAAGAUCUGCAAGCCUUACAAUUCAAUUCUGGUGAGCGCGCACACCGUGUUACUCUGCAGCUCAGCCUGCCUGGGACUGACGCCCAAAGACGUUUCUCACUGGUGUAGGGGGAGCAUUUCCGGUGUCAUUGGGAUGUGCAAAUCCCUCGUAUCACGGAUGAGGGAGACAUCGUGCCGCUGCAGAAUGUCUCUGUAAACGAGCCCAAGCCUUUGCAGCAGUCUGCAUCCACGAGAGCCUUCAAGUCUACUUCUCGAGUCUCUCGGCAAGGCGCUACCGAGACUGGCAAAUCGCUUAGUCCAGCUUCAGCAGGCGAUGGAGGCAAAGCUGCGAGCCGACCUGGAUCUAUCAGAAAUGUGAGCACCAACACAGUUGCUACCUCUGCCAGCACGGUCGGAUCUACAGAUGAGGGCAAAGCGAAAAAGACCUUGAGCAGAUUCCUAGGCAGACGCACGACAAACCAGAGUAUCACAGAGGCUAGCCAAGCCGCGGAGACACCUGCCGCAGCAGCACCGAGGAUAGAGACGACUGACUCAGCAGGCAAGAAUCAGAAUGGUGAUGAUGACGAUGACGAUGAUGCAGGAUCCUUCAAGACUUCUAAGAGCGACGGGCCCGAGGCGCUUCCCGGCUUGUCACAGGGCCAGCGCCGCAUCACAUUCCUCACAGAGCAAGUCUCGCACCACCCUCCCAUCUCUAGCUUCUUUGUGGAGUGCAAGCAGAGCGGCGUUCAGCUUUGCGGCGUCGACCAGCUGAGCGCCAAGUUUACGGGCACAUGUACGUUGUUGCCGUGGGCCCUCGCUCGUGUCAACCGUGCUACGCACACGCUCACCAUCAUCCUUAUCUCUCUGGCGAUGCGCAGCUGUACGAAUUUUCUCCGGAGAUCAGAAUCAAGGCAUCUUUGUCAAGCUGCUCGACAAUGCCAAGGGGCCUGCUGGGGAAGAGUACCAGGUGGAACACCCAACUGCGUGUGUCAACGGAUUGUUGAGGGGUUCUCUCUGGGUCGCGAUCUGCGACACCCUCUCCGUCACCUGCCGAGGGGGUGUUCGAGAAGGCGAGACAGCCGAUGAAGACGGACGUGGAUCUGGGCCUAGGCUUAGAGCGCUUUGCGAAUACAAAGAUGAGGUGCGUUUGGGCAGAAGAGCUUUGAAGAGCUUACCUGCAUCACUGACGCGCGAGGUCAUGAACUCCCAUCAAAGAGCUGGGUGUUGAAGGCGAAGUACGCCUUGGAGGGCGUGAUCUACGAGUACGAUGAGAGCAAAGGUCAGCCUGCUACGGAAUUCGACAAGGUCCGACAAGUCCCUCAAGAUCGCAUCGUGGCCACUUUUGAGGGUUCCUGGAAAGGACAGAUCACAUGGAAGAAGAAGGGCGACAAGGUGAGAGGAUGUGUGGGCUUUGUCGUGAUAAGCAUUGAGCCUUGGCUAACGUCUGACCUUUGAUUCCCUUCUCUUGCAGGAGCCUCGAUUGCUCAUUGACUUGAACGAGCUCGAACCCGGACAAAAAGCUGUCAGGCCAUUGUCCGCUCAAGAGCCUUAUGAGAGUCGCAACAUCUGGGAGCCGGUCACUACUGCUAUUCUUGCCAAGGACUUUAGUGCGGCUACCAAGCACAAGCAAGAGAUCGAGCAGAAGCAAAGAGACGCCGCGGCAGACAGGAAAAGGAAAGAUCAGCAGUGAGUAUGUGGGCGAAUCAUUAUUUUCACCAAACUUUUGAAUUCACGAGCCAAUCGAACGAUCUUGCUCAUUCCCUGCUUGCCCCAUCUCAUCCAUCAGAUUCGUCCCGAGAUUCUUUGACGCGGACAUCACCGAUGGCAGACCCAGGCUCACCGCAGCCGGACGUGAGGCGCUGGAUGGCGAAGGCAGACUGGAAGGCUACUGA